AUGGAGAGAAGAAACAAUCCUAGCCUGGGCCCUAGCCUGGGUUCUAGUCUGGGUUCUAGUCUGGGCCCUAGCCUGGGUUCUAGUCUGGGUUCUAGUCUGGGCCCUAGCCUGGGUUCUAGUCUGGGUUCCAGCCUGGGCCCUAGCCUGGGUUCUAGUCUGGGUUCCAGCCUGGGCCCUAGCCUGGGUUCUAGUCUGGGUUCCAGCCUGGGCCCUAGCCUGGGUUCUAGUCUGGGUUCCAGCCUGGGCCCUAGCCUGGGUUCUAGUCUGGGUUCCAGCCUGGGCCCUAGCCUGGGUUCUAGUCUGGGUUCCAGCCUGGGCCCUAGCCUGGGUUCUAGUCUGGGUUCCAGCCUGGGCCCUAGCCUGGGUUCUAGCCUGGGUUCCAGCCUGGGCCCUAGCCUGGGCCCUAGCCUGGGCCCUAGCCUGGGUUCUAGUCUGGGUUCCAGCCUGGGUUCUAGCGUGAGUUCUAGCCUGGGUUCUAGUCUGGGUUCUAGUCUGGGUUCCAGCCUGGGUUCUAGUCUGGGUUCCAGCCUGGGUUCUAGCGUGAGUUCUAGCCUGGGUUCUAGCGUGAGUUCCAGUCUGGAUUCUAGCCUGGGUUCUAGCGUGAGUUCCAGCCUGGGUUCUAGCGUGGGUUCUAGUCUGGGAUCUAGCGUGAGUUCCAGUCUGGAUUCUAGCCUGGGUUCUAGCGUGAGUUCCAGUCUGGGUUCUAGUCUGGGAUCUAGCGUGGGUUCUAGCGUUGCAGCCAAUCCCAGCGGUGUUCAGGGUCAGGUGAUGCCCAUGGAGGAGUUGGGGUGUAGCUCAGGAUGGGGGGAGCAGGGGAAGAGAGAGGACAGGCGGCUGGCGGGGGUGUGUGGUCUGGCUAACAGUGGUAACUCCUGCUACAUGAAUGCUGUGCUGCAGUGUCUCUUCUCCACUGUGCCGUUGGUGGAACACCUUCUCAGCUCACACAAACGCUCCCAGCUGGCCAAGCGUAACAGUCCUGUAGCGGGGGUGUUUGUGCACCUCUUCCAGGAGGUGUGGCAGGGUCAGGGGGGUACCAGCUUCACCUCUCCAGGGGAGAUGAGGGCCUUGGUCUCCUCCCUGCACCCCCAGUUCAACAACCAAUCACAGCAGGACGCCCAGGAGCUACUCCUCCUCCUGCUCAACGCCCUGCAUGAUGACCUCAAGAAUAAGGGGGAGAGACGCCAGACAGGUUCUUCCCAGCGGUUGUGUCUGGGCAGGAAGUCGCUCAGCUCGGCGCCAGCGGCGGGGGAUUCUACGGUGGUGACACGUCUCUUCGAGGGACAACUCAGCUACCAGAUGCUGUGUCUGCGCUGCGACGGACACUCUCACAGCAACCAAGUCUUCACCAUCCUGUCUCUGCCUAUACCACUGGACUCAUACAAGUGUUCCCUACAGGACUGCCUGUCGCUGUUCUUUCAGCAGAGUACGUUGACGUGUGGAGAUCAGAAGUUGUGUCCAGAGUGUGGAGUCAAGAGAGACACAGCUGUCCUCACCAGCAUGGCCAAACCACCUGAGAUACUGGUGCUGCACCUCAAACGUUUUGGUUGCCAUGGGAGUGAGAAGAGGAAGUUGAGGACCAAUGUGUUGUUCUCAUUGGACAGUUUAGACCUAACCCCCUUCCUGUCCAGACCCUCAGCCAAUCACACCAGCUACUCUCUCUACGCAGUGGUGAACCACACAGGAGACCUGGACAUGGGUCACUACACAGCCCUGUGCCACAGUACCCUGUCCAGCAGCUGGCACCACUUCGACGACACGACCGUGAGCGAGGUAGUGGACUUCUUGGUGCAGUCUCCUAACGCCUACAUCCUGCUGUACAGCCGUCAACCCUUCCACAGACCCACCAUACCCCAGAUCUGA